AUGACACAGACUGACAUUGGGGCAGAGGAUGAGACUGGCACUGGGGCAGAGGAAAAGAAAGACACUGGGGAACAGGAUAAGAAAGACAAUGGGGCAGAGGAAAAUAAAGACACUGGGGCAGAGGAUAAGGAUGAGACUGGGGCAGAGGAUAAGAAUGACACUGGGGCAGAGGAUAAGGAUGAGACUGGGGCUGAGGAUGAGACUGAGACUGGGGCAGAGGAUAAGGAUGAGACUGGGACUGAGACUGGGGCUGAGGAUGAGUCUGAGGCUGGGGAUGAGACUGGGGCUGAGGAUGAGACUGAGACUGGGGCUGAGGAUGAGUCUGAGACUGGGGAUGAGACUGGGGCUGAGGAUGAGUCUGAGACUGGGGCUAUGGAUGAGUCUGAGACUGGAGCUGAGGAUGAGUCUGAGACUGGGCCUGAGGAUGAGUCUGAGGCUGGGGAUGAGACUGGGGCUGAGGAUGAGACUGAGGCUGGGGCUGAGGAUGAGUCUGAGGCUGGGGAUGAGACUGGGACUGAGACUGAGACUGAGACAGGGGAUGAGACUGAGACUGACACUGGGGCAGAGGAUAACGAUGAGACUGGGGAUGAGACUGAGACUGGGGCAGAGGAUGAGACAGAGGCUGAGGAUGAUACUGGGGCUGAGGAUGAGACUGGGGCUGAGGAUGAGACUGGGGCUGGGGAUGAGAAUGGUGCUGAGGAUGAGACUGGGGCAGAGGAUGAGACUGAGACUGGGGCAGAGGAUGAGACUGAGACUGGGGCAGAGGAUGAGACAGGGGCUGAGGAUGAUACUGGGGCUGAGGAUGAGACUGGGGCUGAGGAUGAGACUGGGGCUGGGGAUGAGAAUGGGGCUGAGGAUGAGACUGGGGCAGAGGAUGAGACUGAGACUGGGUCUGAGACUGGAGCUGAGGAUGAGUCUGAGACUGGGCCUGAGGAUGAGUCUGAGGCUGGGGAUGAGACUGGGGCUGAGGAUGAGACUGAGGCUGAGGAUGAGUCUGAGGCUGGGGAUGAGGCUGAGGAUGAGACUGAGACUGGGGCAGAGGAUGAGACAGAGGCUGAGGAUGAUACUGGGGCUGAGGAUGAGACUGGGGCUGAGGAUGAGACUGGGGCUGGGGAUGAGAAUGGUGCUGAGGAUGAGACUGGGGCAGAGGAUGAGACUGAGACUGGGGCAGAGGAUGAGACUGAGACUGGGGCAGAGGAUGAGACAGGGGCUGAGGAUGAUACUGGGGCUGAGGAUGAGACUGGGGCUGAGGAUGAGACUGGGGCUGGGGAUGAGAAUGGGGCUGAGGAUGAGACUGGGGCAGAGGAUGAGACUGAGACUGGGACUGGGGCUGAGGAUGAGACUGGGUCUGAGGAUGAGACUGAGACUAGGGCUGGGGCUGAGGAUGAGACUGGUUCUGAGGAUGAGACUGGGGCUGAGGAUGACACUGAGACUGGGGCUGAGGAUGAGACUGGACUGAGGAUGAAAUUGGGGCUGAGGAUGACACUAGGGCUGAGGAUGAGACUGGUGCUGAGGAUGAGACUGGGGCUGAGGAUGAGAAUGAGGAUGAGACUGGGACUGAAGAUUAAACUGGGACUGAGGAUUAGACUGAUACUAAGGAUGAGACUGAGGCUGAGGAAGAGACUGAUAAUGAAGAGAUGA